AGGAAGAAUAUACAGUUUAUAAACUUUUGAAUGUCAAAAGCAUUAUUUGUUUUUGUUAUUCAAUUCUUAAAUUCAAACCAAAGAUUUAACACUGUAAACUUUUAGUCGAUACUUUAAUAUACCAACGUUUAUUAGAGCACAUUGUUUUGAGGAAAAUACUUAAUAACAACAAGAUGUCAUCAUCCGUUCAUUGCCAAUUAUGGAUGGGCAGCUUGGAGCCAUACAUGACGGAAAACUUCAUAAUAGCAGCUUUUCGUAAAAUGGGAGAGGAGCCAACUACAGUGCGUCUAAUGAGGAACAAAUAUACUGGGGAACCGGCGGGCUAUUGCUUUGUUAAUUUUGCGACUGACGAGAGUGCAAUGGACGCAAUGCAUAAACUAAAUGGCAAACCAAUACCUGGAACUAAUCCAAUUGUUCGCUUUCGAUUAAAUAGUGCAAGUAAUUCGUAUAAACUUCCUGGAAAUGAGCGAGAAUUCAGUGUAUGGGUUGGAGACUUAAGCUCGGAUGUGGAUGAUUAUCAACUUUAUAAGGUAUUCUCAACAAAAUACACUUCUAUAAAGACCGCCAAGGUGAUUUUAGACAGUUCCGGUUUCUCGAAAGGAUACGGGUUCGUGCGAUUCGGUAUCGAGGAUGAACAAAAAUCAGCAUUAUAUGAUAUGAACGGAUACUUUGGUUUAGGAACUAAGCCCAUAAAAAUUUGUAAUGCUGUUCCAAAACCAAAGAAUGAAUUAGGCGUUGCACUUGGUACAACUAGUAAUUACGGCUAUGGCGGUGUUGGUAUUACGGGGACAUCGACCACAACAGCGACAACUACGGAUUAUUCUCAAUACUAUGAUCCUACUAGUACAUACUGGCAGAAUUAUAACUCCUGGCAAGGAUAUUAUGAUCAAAGUGGAGCAGGAGCUAUAUCUGAUCCCAAUAAUGCGUACUAUCAACAAUCAAUGGCGCAGUCCCAUGCAAAUCCACAAACAUUGGCGCAGCAUGCAGAGGCAUGGAGUGCUCAGCGUGCUGCACAAUAUGAACAACAAGCAGCAGCUACUGCUGCUGCAAAUAAUACAACUAAUGUUAAUGAGGACGAUGACUACGCAUUGGUGGAACAUAAGUUUACAUUGGAUAUAGACAAAUUAAACCGCGAGGCAUUGGAUGCAGAUCGUCUGUUAUAUGACGCUUUAGAGAGUUCAAAAUGGCUCCCACUUGAACAGUUGGAGACAUAUUAAACAUUUUUGCGUACACAAACAACUUAGUAUACAAAAUUUUAUAUUUUUCAAGAAAUAAAUAUGCAUAUAACUUAUUCUGAUAAAAAAUGGAAAAACUGUUUUGAAUGGUCUGCUUAAACGCAUUUUUAGGUUAAGGACUUUUUAUUUUAAUUAAGAAAUAUUCAUCGAAUUUUAAUUAACUUAAUUUCCAGAUUCAUAUACUAGUAUGUAAAUGCAUACACAACUUCGUAAUAUAUUUGUGCGCCAAGUUUCUUUUCGUAUAAUUUUUUAUUACAAAGUAUAUGCUACAAACGAAAACAAAAUUAAUUAUAGUGCUCAAUAAAUAUUCAAAGUUGGACCAAGUGUUGACUACCUUUCGGAUUCGUAAACCAAUUUAAUGUGUACAUAGUCUUUUAUAUUCAUUAUGAUAAAUGGAGAUGUGUAUAAAUACAUUUUUGAAAUAACUUUGGCUUGGACCGAUUUACAUAACUCAAAUGCGAGUAAAUAUAAUAUAAACUCAUUCAAAAGGCAUUUUUCUUAAAUACGAUACGAUCCAUAAAGAUUUUGAGUCGGAAUUUGUAUUUUACGAAUUUUAACCAAAAAAAUUUCAUUUGACUUUCUUUGAUUCUUUCUUUUUAGUUGCUCCACUGUUACUACCGGAGUUAUCUUUAGUUUCUUUUUUCUCAGGCUUUUCCUCAGGAUGAUCUUCGUAAC